CGCAUUUUGCAGCUAUUUCCCCCAGUCCGCCCACUGGCCAAUUGCGUUUCACCUCCCAAAUAGCGGCAAAGUGCGCAUGAGAUGAGCAUUGAGCAGUGAUAUUUUAUGCACAUUGACCACAUGGGCACGUAAGAGCACCUGUUUGCAACUUGACAUUUUCCUUUACGCGAUGACGAGAUGUUAUUUCAGUCCUAUUGAAAGCCUUCUACCUUUUAAAUAUACAAGCAGAAGCCGACAAAACGAUAAAAUGGAAAUGAAAAAUCCUUUGUCCAUCUACGAGAGUAUGAUGAUAUGGAAAAUAAAGCAGGAUUACAGAUAUAAGACAAGAGAUGGAUUCUAUUGGCCUUUUGGAAGACCAGGAGGAGGAGCGGCUAACUCUGGCAACUUCAGGAAGCAGAAAGUUCCAACAAUAUACAGAGAACCUAACAUUAUACAACUGGAUGCCGAUGAGACAAUAAAUUGGAAACAUCCACUGUCUGUCCACGAAGGUAUGGUGACAUGGCAAAGAAACCAGGAAGACAAAUAUCAGACAAUGGACGGAUUCUACUGGCCUUUUGGAAAUCCAGGAGGAGGAGCGGCUAACUCGGACAACUUCAGGAAGCAGAAAGUUUAAAAUAUAAAUAAUAGUAACUAAUAUAUCUUGAAUAAUUAUUGUUAAUAUAAAAGUUGCUAGGUUUACUGUCUGAUUUCUAAUCAAACAUUAACAAGAAUUUCCAGUAUAAUUUUAACAGCAAUUAACCUGGAAGUAUUAUAAUAAAAAUUGUAGGGGCAAAAAUAUUUGUAUAGUCUUUUCUCCAUUGAGAAUUAAAGUUCUGACAUGUUCCAGCGUUUCAUCAAUUGCAUUGAAUUGUCCCCUUGCACUAGAAUUUGUUUUUUGUAACAUUUGACCUGGCAAGAAACCCUCAGUCAAAUAUAAAUGAAAACAAUGGUAAGUCAACCAAUUAUAUGAAAAUUUCAUUCAGAAUUUGAUUCAAAAUUUUCCAAAUGGAUAUGUCAGUUACUGUAGCUAAAUUUUGUUUUGGAGGCUGAUCAUUUUUGUAAUAAACCAAAUACAAAUAAAAUAAUUCUAAUAAACACAA